GGAAAUCCGUCACCUUAUGUCAUAUACUGCAACCGGAAGUAGAAACUACUCGUGAAGAGUCUGGAUUAAGAAACAAAACUGCGAAACCCGAUCUCGUUGGUGCAAGAAACAGGUGACCAUGUCAGACAGCGAGGAUAGCAAUUUCUCCGAGGAGGAUAGUGAGAGGAGCAGCGAAGCUGAGGAAGUAGAGCAGGAAGCAGAGGAAGAGAGAGCUAGUGCUGCUGGCAGUGAGAAAGGAGAUGAAGAAGAAGAGGUUGAAGAGGAAGAUGAGGAUGAAUAUGAUGAAGAGGAGGAGGAGGAGGAUGAUGAUCGGCCUCGGAAGAAACCGCGACAUGGAGGAUUUAUCCUCGAUGAAGCCGAUGUUGAUGAUGAGUAUGAAGAUGAAGAUCAGUGGGAGGACGGCGCAGAAGAUAUUUUGGAGAAAGCUGAAGAAAUUGAAGCUUCUAACAUUGACAAUGUGGUCCUGGAUGAGGACCGCUCGGGGGCCCGGCGACUACAGAAUUUGUGGAGAGAUCAGAGAGAAGAGGAACUGGGUGAAUACUACAUGAAGAAAUAUGCCAAGUCUUCCGUAGGAGAACACAUAUACGGUGGAUCUGAUGAAUUAUCUGAUGACAUUACACAGCAGCAGCUGCUUCCUGGAGUCAAAGACCCCAAUCUCUGGACAGUAAAAUGCAAGAUUGGAGAGGAAAGAGCCACUGCCAUCGCCUUGAUGAGGAAAUUCAUUGCGUACCAAUUCACAGAUUCACCUCUUCAGAUUAAAUCGGUGGUUGCCCCGGAGCAUGUUAAGGGUUAUAUCUAUGUGGAGGCAUACAAACAGACUCACGUUAAACAGGCCAUUGAGGGAGUUGGCAAUUUGCGCAUGGGCUUCUGGAAUCAACAGAUGGUGCCCAUUAAGGAAAUGACUGACGUACUGAAGGUUGUGAAGGAGGUGACAAAUCUCAAACCUAAAUCCUGGGUGCGACUGAAGAGAGGUAUCUACAAGGACGACAUAGCUCAGGUGGAUUACGUGGAGCCCAGUCAGAAUACCAUAUCGCUUAAAAUGAUCCCCAGAAUUGACUAUGAUCGUAUCAAAGCACGCAUGAGUCUGAAGGAUUGGUUCGCCAAGAGGAAGAAGUUCCGCAGACCCCCUCAGAGGCUGUUUGAUACAGAGAAGAUAAGGUCCUUGGGAGGAGAUGUGUCUUCAGAUGGAGAUUUCCUCAUUUUUGAGGGCAAUCGUUACAGCCGUAAAGGUUUCUUGUUCAAGAGCUUUGCAAUGUCUGCAGUGAUCACGGAUGGGGUGAAACCAACUCUGUCUGAGUUGGAGAAGUUUGAGGAUCAGCCAGAAGGAGUUGAUCUUGAAGUGGUGACUGAAGCAACAGGAAAGGAACGUGAGCACAGUCUGCAGUCGGGAGAUAAUGUGGAGGUUUGUGAAGGAGAAUUGAUAAAUCUUCAGGGAAAGAUUCUCAGCGUGGACGGGAACAAGAUUACUAUUCUACCAAAACACGAGGAUCUUAAGGACAUCCUGGAAUUUCCAGCACAGGAAUUGAGAAAAUAUUUCCGGAUGGGGGACCACGUGAAGGUCAUCGCUGGACGCUAUGAAGGAGACACCGGUCUGGUUGUGCGUGUGGAAGAGAAUUUUGUCAUUCUUUUCUCUGAUCUGACAAUGCAUGAGCUAAAGGUACUCCCUCGAGACCUGCAACUGUGUUCAGAAACCGCAUCAGGAGUGGAUGUCGGAGGGCAGCACGAAUGGGGAGAACUUGUUCAGCUAGACCCUCAAACAGUGGGAGUCAUUGUACGUCUAGAAAGAGAAACCUUCCAGGUUCUGAACAUGCAUGGUAAAGUAGUCACAGUCAGACACCAGGCUGUCAACCGGAAGAAGGACAAUCGCUUUGCUGUGGCUUUAGAUUCUGAAGAGAACAAUAUCCAUGUUAAGGACAUCGUCAAAGUCAUUGAUGGACCACAUUCGGGCCGUGAGGGUGAAAUUCGGCACUUAUUCCGCAAUUAUGCAUUCCUGCACUGCAAGAAGCUGGUUGAAAAUGGUGGAAUGUUUGUGUGCAAAACGCGUUACUUGGUUUUGGCUGGAGGUUCAAAGCCUCGAGAUGUUACCAACUUUACAAUUGGAGGGUUUGCCCCAAUGAGUCCCAGAAUAAGUAGUCCAAUUCAUCCUAGUGGAGCAGCAGGUCGUGGUGGCAUGGCUGGAGGAGGAGGAGGUGUAGGUGGUGGUGGUGGUGCAGGGAGGGGUCGAGGUCGUCGAGACAACGAUCUCAUUGGUCAGACUGUUAGAAUCUCACAAGGUCCUUAUAAAGGAUAUAUUGGGGUUGUGAAAGAUGCCACGGAAUCCACAGCCAGGGUGGAGCUUCAUUCCACAUGUCAGACCAUCUCUGUGGACAGACAGCGCCUAACUGCUGUUGGUUCUCGGCGUCCCGGAGGAAUGACUUCUACUCAUGCUCGCACCCCUAUAUAUGGCUCCCAGACCCCCAUGUAUGGUACCGGUUCCAGAACUCCCAUGUAUGGUUCACAGACUCCACUACACGAUGGGAGCCGGACUCCUCACUAUGGAUCUCAAACACCUCUGCACGAUGGAAGCCGAACUCCUGCUCAAAGUGGGGCGUGGGAUCCCAACAACCCAAACACGCCUUCAAGGGCGGAUGAAGAAUAUGAUUACAGAUAUGACGACGAACCAUCUCCAUCACCCCAAGGCUAUGGUGGUACCCCUAAUCCCCAGACUCCCGGAUAUCCUGAUGUGCCAUCUCCCCAGGUCAAUGCUCCGUACCACCCUCAGACUCCAGGAACACCAGCCAUGUACAACACGGACCAAUUCUCUCCGUAUGCUGCUCCAUCACCACAGGGCUCCUACCAACCAAGCCCAAGUCCACAAAGCUACCACCAAGUGGCCCCAAGUCCUGUGGGCUACCAGAACACCCACUCGCCUGCCAGCUACCACCCCACUCCAUCACCCAUGGCAUAUCAGGCCAGCCCUAGUCCCAGCCCUAUGGGUUACAGUCCGAUGACCCCUGGUGCCCCAUCUCCAGGUGGAUACAAUCCACACACGCCUGGCUCCUCCAUAGAACAGAUCUCGAGUGACUGGGUGACCACUGAUAUUCAAGUUAAAGUGAGAGACACUUACCAGGACAGCCAAGUCGUUGGACAGACUGGGAUCAUUCGCAGUGUCACGGGUGGUUUAUGUUCUGUGCUGCUGCAGGACAGUGAAAAAGUGAUCAGUAUCUCAGGAGAUAACCUGGAGCCAGUCACCCCAACAAAGAAUAGCCGGGUGAAGGUGAUUUUAGGGGAGGAUCGUGAAGCGAUGGGCGUCCUGCUCAGUAUUGAUAACGAAGAUGGUAUCGUCCGCAUGGAUCUGGAUGAUCAUCUAAAAAUCCUCAACCUUCACUUUUUGGGCAAAUUGGAGUCCUGAGCUUGGGUGGGAGCAGUGCUGGGGUAGCUGUAUAUUGGUAUUGGGGUUUACAACACAUAAGACCAGGUGUGACUAGUCAGUGUGUUUGUAUAGUGAUAAUCACACCCUCCACCAUGCAUUUUGUAAUAUCUCCCAAAAUAAAGGAUUCUUUGCAGCUAUACUGUGCAUCUGGCCGGCUUCUGCCAUGUCUUGCGUCCUGUGCACAGUCACACCAAUGGCAGGCCGCACUCAGAUUUUAUCAAGGAAGCUUUGAGUGUUUGUUUUCAUUCUCCACUCAUCUGCAGCAGACCUGGAAUAUUAUUUUUUUUUAAAAAACACCAAAAACAUUAUUUGCGCUUGUUUUUGCUGAAACAGAGGCUGUGUAUUCUGUUAGAAAUUCCAUGUGUGAUAUUUAUAUGGUGCUCUCAAUAAACAAGACAAAAUUUG